CGGGUGCUUCCGGUCCCGCCUUCACCGCCGGGUCAGAGGAUAAAUUUCUAGCCCAGCCCCUGUGAAGUGUCUCCACUCAGCACGGAAACCAGCCCCAUGGCCAUGAUCCUGGGUUACUGGGACAUCCGCGGACUGGCCCACGCCAUCCGCCUGCUCCUGGAGUACACAGACUCAAACUAUGAGGAAAAGAAGUACACGAUGGGGGACACUCCUGACUAUAACAAAAGCCAGUGGCUGAAUGAAAAAUCCAAGCUGGGUCUGGACUUCCCCAAUGACGGUGAUGCAGGUGGCCCAAGUGACCAGGCCCUGUUGUUCUUCCAGCUGCCCUACUUAAUUGAUGGGACUCACAAGCUAACCCAGAGCAAUGCCAUCCUUCGCCACAUCGCUCGCAAGCACAACAUGUGUGGGGAGACAGAGGAGGAGAAGAUCCGAGUGGACUUACUGGAGAACCAGGUUAUGGAUGUCCGCUUGCACAUGGCCAGGAUCUGCUACAGCCCUGACUUUGAGAAACUGAAACCUGGUUACUUGAAGGAAAUUCCUGGAAGGAUGAAGCUCUUCUCAGUUUUUCUGGGGAAGAGGUGUUGGUUUGCAGGGAACAAGCUCACCUAUGUGGAUUUCCUGGCUUAUGACAUCCUUGAUUUGCAACGCAUAUUUGAGCCCAGGUGCUUGGAUGAAUUCCCAAACCUGAAAGAUUUCCUCACACGUUUUGAGGGCCUGAAGAAGAUCUCUGCCUACAUGCAGUCCAGCCGCUUCCUCCCAGGCCCUCUCUUCCUGAAGCUUGCCGUGUGGGGCAACAAGUAGUGCGUGCAACCAGGAGACGGGCGCGAGGAGCCAGGGCCCCGGAGACCAGGCGGACCUUCCUGCACACAGAACCUUUGGUGUUUUUCUUUCUCUUUCUGUUCACUCUAGAGGGCUGCUUGGCCCCCUUAUCUCCCUCCCACACCCCUUUCCAUCCCUACUUUAAAGAUUGUUUCCCACUAUUUUUGAGCAAAGUUCCUCCCCCACCCCACAUUAUCCCUGCUGCAUUAAAGCCACCCAGACUAUUCUUCCCUUCCAUGAUUACUUCUGCUGUGAGCAGCCCAGCCAGACUCCUGGCCUUGGAGCUGUGUUCUGAGCUCCCAGCACUACCUUGAAGACCAGACCUGGCCUGGUAUGCACGCCCUGCUUCCCAGUGUUUCCUGCCCAGCCUGUCUGAUCCCCAGUAAAGCCUUAUCACACUUGC